AUGGCUUCCCAAAACUGCCACCCAGCAGCCACUAGGGUCACCGCCUCCCUUAAAGGAGCCAAGCCGAGCACGGGAACCGCCUGGGGUCCCGUGGACAAAAGGCUACAGCAGGAGCUGAUGGCCCUCAUGAUGUCUGGUGAUAAAGGGAUUUCUGCCUUCCCUGAAUCAGACAACCUUUUCAAAUGGGUAGGGACCAUCCAUGAAGCAGCUGGAACAGUAUAUGAAGACCUGAGGUAUAAGCUCUCACUAGAGUUCCCCAGUGGCUACCCUUACAAUGCACCCACGGUGAAAUUCCUCACACCCUGCUACCACCCCAACGUGGACACCCAGGGUAACAUAUGCCUGGACAUCCUGAAGGACAAGUGGUCUGCCCUAUAUGACGUCAGGACCAUUCUGCUGUCCAUCCAGAGCCUUCUAGGAAAACCCAACAUUGAUAGUCCCUUGAACACACAUGCUGCCGAGCUCUGGAAAAACCCCACAGCUUUUAAGAAGUACCUGCAAGAAACCUACUCAAAGCAGGUCACCAGCCAGGAGCCCUGACCCAGGCUGCCCAGCCUGUC